AUGCCUCCAUCCAAGGCCUCCCGCGUGGCCAAGAGUUCCCGUGUGGUCAAGAAGCCGACUACUGCAAGCGCACCUCGAAGCAAGGCAGCCGAGACCGCGUCUUCGAAGAAGAAACAGAAGAAACGCGCCUCAGCCAAAAAGGCGAAGACUCCCAAGCCAGCUGAGACUACAAUCGUCGUCGCAGGCCACAAGCGAUCCAUGGUUGUUGUUGAAGAAGAUAGCAAUGACGACGGCACGAUUCAACCCAGCAAACGGCGCAGAAAGGGCGGCAACACUAACGCUCACGAUUACCACGCCGUUCGCGAGAAGCCUCCGCCGCGUGAUUACGGAGCAACCUUUGCGAGGAAGUCGACGGCCCAUUUCACCUGGGGCGCUCCUUUGAUGCCUCCUCCUCAGUCUCAAUCUGCUCAGUCCGAUCCGAAGAAUGAGCCCGCGAUUCCCCGCAACAAGGGCAAAGAGGUAGUUCGUCCCGGAAGCUGGCAGAUGAGACCCAAUUCAGGCCGCUACAGUGGCCUCUUAUCAAGAGCAGCCACCCCGGAGUCGGAGCCCGAGCCACAGCCCAAAAGCCACACUUGCCCCUUUCUUCGAAUCCCCCUCGAGAUCAGGGAGGACAUCUACAAGUACAUCCUGGUCGCCGACGAGCCCAUCCGAGUCCGGCAGGGCUGGUCCGCAGUAUACCCCCGGAACAGAGCACGCAUCCGCACCGACCUCAUCCGAACGUGCCGCCAAGUCAGAAAGGAGGCGCUCAACACCCUCUACGGCGAAAACACGUUCCUCUACCUCCUCCGCGACGCCGUCGAACUCCCCGCGCUCAACGCGCAGGGCGAGAACGAGAUCGUGGUCCAACACCCGCUCGCCACCGACAACGACGCCCUCUCUGACUACGAGGCAGACAGCGCUGACGAGUACUCUGACGAAGACGACGUCACCAACGGGCCCUCGUCGUCCUCAUUCCUGGCUGAAGGUCAUGCGGCGGCCGACAUUGACGUCCGCCGCUUCGGCCACAAGUUCCGCAAGCUCAUGAUCGUCGCCGAGGCCAACCGUGCCAACGCGCCCUACCGCCUCAGCAUGGCCAACGCCAUCAACGUCUUCCGCAGCCUGCAGCCUAUCCGCCCGCGCAUCCACACCCUCACCAUCGACAUCACGCCCCAGCGCGACCCGCGCACGGGUGACGUCUCCUUUCUCGACUUUUUCGAGCGGUCCUCCGAGGUCGUACGCACGCUGCGCGGCCUGCCGUGUCAGUUUAUCGAGAUUGUCGUCAACACGGGCGUCAGCGUCGGUGGCGGCGGUGACGGUGAUGGUAGUGGUAGUGGUAGUGGUAGUGUUGACCCAGGAAAACGAACAGGCCAAGAGAAAAUCAUCCUCAACAUGAAGUACGCGGCCAACAUCCGGCGCUCCAAACGCGGCGAGAACGAUCCCUGGCGAGACGACCGCAUCAUGCAGUCGUACCGCAGCGCAAAGGCGGGCGAGGCGCAGAAGAAGCUCGAUUCGUUGCCGGCUGCCAUUCGCAAGAUUUGGGAGGCCUCGAAUGGGCAGUUCAAGCGCCGUCAGCGGGACGAGUUUGGUGACGAUGAAGAGGACGAUUAUUGCUACGAGAACUGGGAGGAUUCUCUUCUUUUUCAGGACGAGGCUUUUUGA